GGAGCCAGAAUACAACGAAUUUGGAGUCACUUGUGCUCCAGUGUUCCGGUUCUUAUAUGUCGUCCAUCUUCAUAGUUGGGCUGUAAAUCAUAGCCUUAUAUGCACUGAUCUGGAAUAAAAGCUCUAAUUGGCGGUCCGGCGACAAAGGAAAACCGGCCAAGAUGACUGAAUUCCAGCAGGAAAUUCAGAUACUACAUCUGUGUAUUCUUUCAUAUAUAUUUACAUUCCUUCAUAUGAAACAAAUUCAAGCAGCAAGUAGAAGCAAUUGACAAGAAGAAAGAAUGGCAUCGGGAGAUAACUGAGAAGCUUCAUCGCAAGGUGGCAAGGGGUUCUGGAUUUCUGAGCAUCCAUACAGUUCCAACAAAACUUCGACGAGUGAAGGAUGAUGCUUACAACUGUCGUAUUGUGUCAAUUGGUCCUUUGCAUCUAGGCGACCAUGACCUUGCAGCCAUGAGAGAGUAUAAAUGGGCUUACAUGCAUCAGUUAUUUCAGCGAAUCGAAGAUGCUGAGCAGUCACAGGAAUGUUGGAAAGAGUGCACAAGUUCUGUUUAUGAAUUAGACUCAAGUAUUCGAAGAUGCUACGCUAAAAGGAUGAGCCACAAAGAAAAGGGACACAAGGAACUUGCAGAAAUUGUGUUACUUGAUGGGUGCUUCAUACUGGAACUUUUCCUCAAGUAUGAGGAACACUUGAAUAUGACUCUAGAUUAUCAAUCUGAUGCAAUAUUCAAUAGUGCUUGGAUGAUCGCAGCACUUCAGCAUGAUCUAGCACUACUCGAAAACCAAAUACCUUUCUUUAGUCUCGAACGUUUAUAUAAGAUCAUCAAGCCUCAUCUACAGAAUAGGAGACCAGACUCAGUCGCUAGCCUUGCUCUUAAUUUCUUCCAACCUAUGAACUAUAAGGCCUUCUUAGAAGAUUGGGGCACGGAUUACAACCAUUUGCUUGAUGUCUUGCACAAAUUUUACCUCCCAAGUAAUUGUGACAUCUCAGCAGAAAUCGAAAUGAUUACUGAACUGAAACAUCAUUCCAAGCCAGGAUCAGUAUUUGGCAGUUCAAGAAAAUGGGGGUUCAAAUUUUGUGCUUUAGAACUUCUCGAGGCUGGAAUCGAGUUCCAAAAGCAGCAGAGAACGGAUCAUUUGUUGAACAUAACUUUCAGCAGGGGAGUCAUAAAAAUGCCACCAAUUUUCAUUGAUGAUUCACUCUUGAGGAACUUGAUAGCUUUCGAGCAAUGCAGUCUUGGCAGCCUGCAUCACAUGACAUCAUACGCUAUUCUAUUGAAGAGUCUCAUUCGUUACCCGAAGGAUAUUAAAGUACUUAAGCAGAGAGGGGUCAUAGGUGCCAAUUGGAUUAGAGAAGAAGAGUACUUGUCUCAGCUCAAAAGUAUUCUUGAUGAAGUUGUUGUGAAGGAGUUCUACUUUGGUGAUUUGUGUGACAAAGUGAAUGCUUACCAUGGAAAAUUCUGGUUCCGCAGAGGUAUAAAGUACAUUUAUCGCACUUAUUUCUCCACUGCAUGGAGUAUGAUCUCAUUUGUUGCAGCCAUUAUACUUUUCAUUCUCACAGCUACACAAACAUUCUUUACUGUCCGCCCUCGCCAAUAGUUACCUUGUCUCAUAUUUCAGCCAGUUAUAUUUGUUUGAAGUUUCAUCAUGUACAAAUAAACCUGUAUCAUUCUUCUUCUUUCACAAUUGAUGUGUUACUGUAGCAAGCCAAAGUGUACCCAUGACCGGACUUGAGAUUUCAAGACCUGAGGCGAGAUCCAAAAAUGGUGCCCUCUAGUA